AUGAAGGACAAACGCGAGGUCACUGACGAGUUCAAUGACAUUGUCAACAUGACCGCUGCCGAGCUAGAAGAGUGGCUCAAGUCUGACGAUUCCAAGGCUGCGGGAUGGCCCAAACAAGGCAACGGUGAGGAAUCCGUCGGCCACGACAGCGGCCGCAAAAUUGUCCAGAUUCUUAAGGACAAUCCGCAAAAGAGCCCGGGCAAGUACACCGAAGAUCAUGUUCAACACAUGAGAAAGGUCGUUUCGUAUUGCAAACGGCAUUUGGCUCAGGAGAGCAAAGCAAACGACCAAAAGUCUGUUGAAGAAGUCAAGAAGACGAAAUCCUAUGCGUCCCUCAAGAACUGGGGCCACGACCCCUUGAAGGCCAGAGAAGGCGACAAUCGGGACCACGAGGGUGAGGAAGAGAAGCGGGACGAGGAAGCGGAGAUUACUGACGAGAAUGAGGACGGCAAGGAAGACGGUGGCACCAAAAGGGCGUCCAAGGACAGCCAGAAUGGAGAAAACAAGAGACAAAAGACGGAAAACUCUGCACCCAACAAGGAGGCCAAUGACGGUGGUGCAGCCGAGUCGACAGACAGCCAGGACAAGAAAGAUGGCGCAGAGACCAAGGGCGACGCGCAGAAGUCCUCCCAUGGUCAAGACGACAGCCGGGAAAACAAGAAGAAUGGGAACAGCGACAAGAAUGGUUCCGCAGGCGAUGGCGCAGGCGGCAAGGAACCAAAGAAGGGAGACACUGUGAGUUGGAACUGGGGCCAAGGACAGCCAGAAGGUACCGUCAAGGACGUCAAGCACGAAAAAGCUUCGGUCACGACCAAGAAAGGAAAUACAGUUUCGCGUGACGGCACUGCCGAGGAUCCUGCCGUGGUCAUUGACGCAGGCCAGUCGAAAGCAGUCAAGCUUAAUCAUGAGCUUAAUUAG